UGCUAUAUAAAGCCUCCUAACCUAAACGCUAAAAUCACCAACUGUAUUGAUCAUUCCUUUUACUGCUACUACAAACGAGGGUGCUACACUCUAGCUACUGAUUCUGUAACGCUUGCAUUUUCCUUAAGAGAAGAAUGAGCUGGUCAGGAGGAGAUUGGAUGUGCGGCGCCUGCCAACACUUGAAUUUCAAAAAGCGGGAUGCUUGCCAGCAUUGUGGAUACCCAAAGUAUGGUGGCCCUGACCCAUCAACCUAUGUCUUGUCAAGACCAGGGGACUGGCACUGCGCCGCCAUGAAUUGUGGCGCUCACAACUAUGCCAGCCGAUCAAGCUGCUAUCGCUGUGGUGCAUAUAAAAAUGAUUAUUCUGGCAUGACGGCCUCUGGAGAUUAUGGAACAGAUGCCAGUGUCCCACCUGGAUGGAAAUCUGGUGACUGGCUUUGCAACAGAUUGGGGUGUGGAGUGCACAAUUAUGCUAGCAGGGAGGAAUGUUUCAAAUGCAAGAAGCCAAGGGAUUAUGGUGGUGCAGAUUAACCAACAAGAACUUUAGAGGGUUCUUUUUUGUCAUCGACAAAUUUCUCUUGGCAUCUGAUCCCUCACCAGACACCACCUUUUCUUAUUUUCUUUUCCGUCCGAUCAAGAUAAUUAAGCUUUAGAGUAAGCAUAUUGAAGGCUCUUUUACGAAGGGACGUUUCUAGCUUUAUUGUAUACUGCAUGUUA